CCUCUCAACCCCACUUUCACUUUCAAGUAUAUAUGCCACAACAAAAAAAACUCUGUUUGCAUUUCUGAAUUCUGAUUAAAUUAAGUUUUAAGCAACAAAAGGAGAGUUGAGACUGUUUCUAAAUAUGGAAAGCAACAACAAUCAUGGCGGUGGGACAAUGGUGGUGAAACAAUCAAGAUUUAAGCGUAUUUGUGUAUUUUGUGGUAGCAGCCCCGGCAAGAACCCUGUCUACCGCCUUGCUGCCAUCCAACUCGGCAACCAAUUGGUUGAAAGGAACAUAAACUUGGUAUAUGGAGGUGGAAGCAUUGGUUUGAUGGGCCUCAUCUCUCAAGCUGUUUACGAUGGUGGUCGCCACGUUAUUGGGGUUAUUCCUAAAUCCCUUAUGCCUAAAGAGAUCAUCGGAGAAACCAUUGGAGAGGUAAAACCGGUAUCGAAUAUGCAUCAAAGGAAGGCUGAAAUGGCUCGUCAAGCCGAUGCAUUUAUUGCUUUGCCAGGUGGUUAUGGCACACUUGAAGAACUUCUUGAAGUUAUUACAUGGGCACAACUCGGGAUACAUGAAAAACCGGUCGGAUUGUUGAACGUAGAUGGAUACUACAACUCAUUGUUGUCAUUCAUAGAUAAGGCCGUCGAUGAAGGAUUUAUCACACCUAUUGCUCGUCGCAUUAUUGUGUCUGCUCCCACUGCUCAAGAACUCCUCUCUAAGCUUGAGGAAUAUGUACCAGAUCACAACGGAAUGGCAACUAAGCUGAGUUGGGAAAUGGAGCAACAAUUGGGUAAUACUACAAAGUCAGAGUUUGCACGUUGACUUUAUCUUAUACCACAAACUCAAGGCCCAUUAACAACCACCACCAACAGUUUCCAUCGCACUCCUUGACUGUUUGGAGGAGACUUCUAUGUUCGGUAUAUACAGCAAAGACCAGUAUUUCACUCAAAUGCACGUGGUUUAACUUGUUUCCGAACACUCCUUGAGUGCAAGUCAAUAUAUAUCAUCAAGUAUAUUCAACUUAUUUCCUUUUGUAGUGUUUUUUUUAGUUUCAUAUUAAAGAUGUAUAUAAAUUAAAGUACUUUUAUAAUAAUAGUAAAAACG